GCCAUGAAGCCGCGAUGGGAGCUGGGUGCGCUGCUCACCGUCGCUUGCAUCAGCGUCGCGACGGGAUUCACUACUUAUGAUUCGUCCGGUUGCUUCACUUCGUAUAUCAGUGAUGGGUUUUGCGACUCAUCGAACAACAUUUCCGGCUGCGACUACGACGGCGGGGACUGCUGCUCAUGCGACUGCCUCGACGACACCUACCAGUGCGGUGUUGUCGGCUUCACGUGCAUCGAUCCCACAUCGUCCUGCUACUAUCACCACUACUACGACGACGACUACUACUACUACUACUAUGACGAAGACGACGGCAACUACUUGGAUGACGACUACUCUGUCCCAACCUACUACUUGGAUGACGACGACGGGAGCACCAGUAAGGGCAUUGGGCAUGUGACCGUGCUCUCAGAUGAUGAAUCCGUGCCUUCUUGCAUGUUUCUGCAUCUUCAUGUCAAAUCCACACCAUCUAGGUCCGGGGGUAAAUGA